AUGGGCGUCGCAUCGACAUCCACGUCGACUGAGUGUCUGUUGCGAGUAUGUGCAGAUAUUGCAGCACAGUUAGUACAAGCGCAUGAAGAAUCACAGGCUGUAUCACUGAAUGCAAUCCGAGGCGCCGCGUGCAAGAAGCAUGGCUACGGUGGAGUGCCACGUCUCACAGACAUCAUCGCCGCCAUCCCAGAUACGCACAAACGAGCGUUGGUACCGGCCUUGCGCGCGAAACCGAUUCGAAGUGCGAGUGGUAUCGCUGUUGUGGCCGUCAUGUGCAAACCACACCGGUGUCCACACAUUGCCUUGACAGGAAACAUUUGCGUCUAUUGCCCUGGUGGCCCCGACUCGGACUUUGAGUACAGCACCCAGUCUUAUACGGGCUAUGAGCCCACAUCCAUGCGUGCGAUUCGCGCGCGAUAUGACCCAUACGAGCAGAGUCGCGGACGCGUCCAGCAACUUCACGAGCUCGGACACAGUGUCGACAAAGUGGAAUAUAUUAUCAUGGGAGGCACUUUCAUGAGCUUGUCAGAGCAGUACCGAAACGAAUUUAUUGCACAGCUGCACAAUGCAUUGAGUGGGUAUACUGGCUUGGAUGUCGAUGAGGCGGUGCGGUACUCUGAGCGGUCACAGACCAAAUGCAUUGGUAUUACUAUUGAGACGCGACCUGACUACUGUCUCCGACCGCACUUGUCACAAAUGUUACGAUAUGGAUGUACGCGCCUGGAAAUCGGUGUGCAGAGUGUGUAUGAAGAUGUGGCGCGCGAUACGAAUCGUGGCCAUACGGUAAAAGCCGUGUGCGAGACGUUUCAUCUUGCUAAAGAUGCCGGCUACAAGGUCGUGGCGCACAUGAUGCCAGACCUUCCCAAUGUCGGCGUUGAGCGUGACAUGGAGCAGUUUAAAGAAUAUUUUGAGAAUCCAGCCUUCCGCUCGGAUGGUCUCAAAUUAUAUCCCACUCUUGUGAUUCGUGGAACUGGUCUAUAUGAACUUUGGCGCACUGGUCGCUACAAGAACUACACUCCCUCUUUUCUUGUGGAUGUGAUUGCUCGGAUUCUUGCGCUCGUCCCACCUUGGACGCGUGUAUACCGCGUGCAACGGGAUAUUCCUAUGCCUCUGGUUUCGAGUGGCGUAGAAAAUGGCAACUUGCGAGAAAUGGCGCUAGAGCGCAUGCGGGACUUUGGCGCAACCUGUCGGGAUGUUCGUUACCGCGAGGUCGGUAUCCAUGAGAUUCACACCAAAGUACGGCCGGAAGAAAUCGAAUUUCUCCGGCGCGAUUACACAGCUAACGGCGGGUGGGAAACGUUCCUAUCCUACGAGGACCCAGACAAAGAUAUCCUAGUGGCCCUUCUACGUCUUAGGAAAUGCUCCGAGACAGGCACAUACCGCCCUGAACUUAUCAAGGAUGGACAAACGUCAAUUGUUCGCGAGCUGCACACAUAUGGUAGUGCGGUUCCGCUUCACAGCCGCGACCCGACCAAAUUUCAGCAUCAGGGAUUUGGCACGUUGCUUAUGGAGCAAGCGGAGACCAUUGCCCGUGACGAGCAUGGCAGUGUGAAGAUGGCAGUCAUUUCUGGCGUGGGAACACGAGACUACUAUCGCCGCUUGGGCUACGAACUAGAAGGACCGUAUAUGGUCAAGCGACUUGUGUAG